CUCUGAUCCUUUGCGAAGGUCUGACAGGAUGACAGACGUUUUCCCUACAGAUGGCCGGACUCUGGGCCGGUGCAUCUGCAUCAUCACAGGAGCUUCCAAAGGAUUUGGACGGGCGCUGGCACACCAAGUGUGCUGCUGGCUGAAACCUGGCUCUGUCCUCCUGCUGGCAGCUCGAUCUGAGACUCUCCUGCGAGAGCUAAAGGAAGAGCUGAAGGGUUUUACUGUGGAGCGGCAGCUGUUGGUUCACUGCGUAGUGGUCGAUCUGAGCACGCAAAAGGGGGUGAAUGAAGCUGUCAGGGUGGCGAGGCUGGAGUCUGAAAAGGAAAUGGAUCAUGUGCUUCUUAUCAACAACGCUGCCUCUUUGGGUGACAUCUCCCAGUUUUCAAGUUUCACUGACCUGGAUGUGGUGAACUCCUACAUGUCCCUCAAUGUUAGCUCGGCUCUGGUGCUGACCGCAGGAAUCCUGCAGGUUUUCCCGAGCAUGGGCCUGCGAUGGACCGUGGUGAACCUCUCCUCAGUGUUUGCAAUAGAGGCCUUACCAUCCUGGGUGCUGUACUGCACUGCCAAAGCAGCCAGGAAGAUGAUGUUCAGUGUUCUGGCUGCGGGGGAACCAAAUGUCAAAGUCCUCAACUACUCUCCAGGUCCUUUGGACACAGAGAUGCAGAGGGACAUUAAGAGGAUAACAGGCGUCGACAACCAUCCGUUUCCCUGCCGGAACUCUGCGGACAAACUGCUGAAGCUACUUCUGGACGACGACUUCCUGUCAGGGACACACGUCGACUUCUUUGCAGUGUGAUACCAAUAUGACACAGUUAAGAGGUUCCUUAUCGCUUCUUGUAGGUACAGAUGCUCAUGCUCUCGGCUGCUCCAAUCAAAUGAAAGGAUUAAGGAUGGAUUCAAUUAGAACAAAGUUAGCACAGAACAGUAUUGUGCAUAGAAAACAUUAACUUAAAGAAUGUUGGCCGUUCGGUUGCGGUGAUAUUAUUCAUGUAUUUAAUCUGUGAUGUUGGUUUGUAAAUAAAUGUCACUGUUUCAUGUAACUGUAGGUCAAACCUGUUGCUUUUGCUGUUUAUUUCCUCCUCUGUUCAUUGACUAGUUCAUUGUUUGUUGCCCAUGUAAAGCCGCUCUUUAACACUCAUUAAAUGGACA